AUGGAGCAAAACACUCCCUUGCCCCCGCAGGCAUCCAGUCUUCAAGCGGAGCCACGAAGAAACAACCACAAAUCAGCCCGUGUUGCCUUUGGUCCGGAUUUGGAAACGCAUAUCCCCCCGCGCGAGCGAUCCCCCGCGCUUCUUUCAAGUCAUCACCGUUCGUUUACUAGCGUGGAGCAAAAGCAUUUGUCCAUCCCGGGAAGACCAAAUAGCUCCUCAGAUGAAAAUACCCCGGUUCUUGAAUCCAAUUCGCGAUACAGCUCGGAUCAGGCUUCUGAUAAUGGACGACCGUCGUUGAAGAGGGCCAAGAGUGAUUACGGGCCGCGAGGAGGAUCCGACACCCAAAUUGUGGGCGAUGUCGAUGAUGAUGAUGAGGACUUUGCGAUGAGGCACGGAUGGCAAGAGGAAUAUACUUCGAGCGAGUACCUCAAGAUUUUACAUUCAAAUUUCUACAUGUACUUUACGGAAAAGCGCCACGAGACAAAUGGAAUCCCCCGAGACCCUAUCGGCAGUUGGCCCACGCAAGAUUGGCGGAUGAAAGAUCGACUAAAAACAGUCUCCGCUGCUCUGGCUAUAUGCCUGAAUAUCGGCGUUGAUCCUCCAGACGUGGUUAAGACGAAUCCAUCCGCUAAACUCGAGUGCUGGGUCGAUCCAACAUCCACUACAGGAGGCGGCCACAACAAGCUGAUGGAGCAAAUCGGCAAGAAAUUGCAGGAACAGUACGAAACACUCAGUUUGAGGACACGGUACAAGCAAUAUCUUGACCCCUCUGUUGAUGAGACCAAGAAGUUUUGUAUAUCCCUUCGUCGAAACGCCAAAGACGAAAGAGUUCUUUUUCAUUACAACGGCCACGGUGUCCCGCUACCUACCCAGUCUGGGGAAAUCUGGGUUUUCAACAAAAAUUACACACAGUAUAUCCCAGUAUCGUUGUAUGAUCUUCAGUCGUGGCUCGCCGGACCCAGUUUAUUCGUGUUCGAUGUUUCCCAUGCGGGGAAUAUUGUUCAAAACUUUCAUACUUUUGUCGAGAAGCACGAGAAGGAAAACCUCGAAGCGAAAAAGGUUGAUCCCAAUGCGAUUAUCCAGAACUACGGGGACUGCAUCAUUCUCGCCGCAUGCCAGAAAAACGAGUCACUGCCCACCAACCCCGAUCUCCCCGCUGAUCUCUUUACGUGCUGUCUGACGACCCCAAUCGAGAUAGCAUUGCGGUUCUUCAUACUUCAGAACCCCCUUCAGUCCAAUGUUUCCGUCGACGAGUUUAGGGUUCCUGGGCGCUUGCAAGAUCGCAGAAGCCCUCUCGGAGAGUUGAACUGGAUUUUUACCGCGAUUACCGAUACCAUCGCAUGGAACACCCUUCCACGUGCCCUCUUCAAGAAACUCUUCCGUCAAGAUUUGAUGGUUGCUGCUCUCUUUAGGAAUUUCUUACUGAGUGAGCGGAUUAUGCGUACAUACAAAUGCCACCCAAUCUCGUCACCUGAACUCCCCGAGACCCAUCAUCACUCCCUGUGGAAGAGUUGGGAUUUGGCGGUUGAGAUGGUGUUAGCACAGCUUCCUGCCCUCAUUGACAACGAAGAAGGCCGCAGGCAAUACGAAUAUCAGCACUCCACUUUCUUUGCCGAGCAGCUUACUGCUUUUGAGGUUUAUUUAUCCUCAGGACCAACCGAGAAGAACCCACCAGAUCAACUUCCCAUUGUACUCCAGGUUCUUCUGAGUCAGGCCCAUAGGUUGAGGGCAUUGAUCUUGCUUAGUAAGUUCCUAGAUCUGGGACCCUGGGCAGUUCAUCUAGCUCUUAGCAUCGGAAUUUUCCCCUAUGUCGUGAAGUUACUGCAGUCGGCUGCACAGGAGCUGAAACCAGUCAUGGUUUUCAUCUGGGCCAGGAUCAUGGCUGUCGACCACACCGUUCAGAAUGAUUUGUUGAAAGACAACGGAAUCCAUUACUUCAUUUCUAUUCUAAACCCCUCUUCGCCGAUUCCAGUGGGCAAUGCCAGCGAACAUCGAGCAAUGUGUGCUUUUAUCGUAUCGAUCUUCUGCAAGAAUUACCCCCAGGGCCAGAAUGUGUGCCUCUCUUCUGAGCUCUUUGAAUCUUGCUUGAUGCAUUUGAUGGAUGUCGAAAACCCACUGUUGCGGCAAUGGUCGUGUCUCUGCAUUAGCAUGCUGUGGUCUGAAUUUCCCGAGGCCAAGUGGAUGGGAAUUCGAUGCGCUGCGCCAGCCAGGCUCUGCGAGCUCAAUUUUGAUCCCGUCCCAGAGGUCAGAGCAGCAAUGCUGCAUGCUACAACGACCUUCCUGGGGAUCCCAGACUUGACGGAUCAGGUGGCCCAGAUUGAAGAAUCGCUAGCCCUGGCUGUCCUUCCUAUGGCAUCGGAUGGAAGCGUUCUCGUUAGAAAGGAACUUUUGGUCUUCUUUUCGACAUUUGUCAGGCGUUAUCAGAACAAAUUCCUAGUUGCUGCCUAUGAGGAAUUCCAGGAUGAAAAACAGAAUUUGCUCAGCAAGCUAGGCCAGGACGGUUCCCAGGGACUGCACCUUGAAGAGACAGCAAACGGUUCAGGCAAUGGUGCAGCAGGCUCGAAUAACAAGCCGCAGCCCUUGUCUCGGAAUACUACGUUUGGAACAAUUUGGAAGCAACUUUUGAUCCUUUCUGUUGACCCCCACCCUGAUAUUGCACAGGACGCUGGAGUGAUUGUUGACUUUAUGCACUACUUACUCCUCCAAUCUCACAUGGCUACACUAACCGAAAGACUCCGCCAGGAGAUCUUGGACCUCUCAAGUCGAGUGGACCAAAAGUCCCAGGCUCGAGAAAUGCCUAACCCGAAGAACGCUGCACCGCCCCCUACUCCUCCCUCUGUCGCUCCCCCGAAACAGGAAGGCUACCUUUCGUUGAGUCUUCGGCGAACUGCCAGUGUUGCAGCCUCGCUCAAAAACCUUGCGUUUGGUAACCCCUCCCAAUCGGACUCACAACUGUCUUCACAGCCUGCAACGUCCCCCAAGAAUCGAGCGCCUGCCACCCCACGAGGACGAGCUCCCCCAGAAUGGACCCGAUCCCCGGAGGUUAACGAUCAAGUUGCCCCCGCAGCCACUUACCAGCAGGCCCCAGUUCCAACUUCCCGAGGAUUUGAGCCCCGAGAUCCAUCCUUGAUCCCAAGUAUACCCUUGAUGAGCAGAUUCCUAGAUUGGUCCACAGAGGUAAUCCCAGACCUUCUUGCUUUGAUAUCCGAGCAAUAUAACGAUGAUUACGAGCAAUUUCUUACCCAUAUCCAGUACUUCCGAGAGCCCCAGAUGAAACCCAACGAGCCCGACGAGCCCGGUAGUGCGGAUUACAAUGAGCGCCUCUGGAGACGGAGCCGCAAUGAGAGGAUCAUUUCGGAGACCCAGCCCCUGAAAGGAAAGGCAGGCAGUAACCGAUGGGAUAAUUCGAUCGCGCUACUCGCGAACGGCACCCAGCCCCUUAAAAUGUGCUUUCAUCAGUUCGAGGACCACAUUGCCGUGGCUGAUGAUAGGGAUACUAUUACCAUUUGGGAUUGGCAGGGCCAUAAACGGCUCAAUCGCUUUUCUAACAGAAACCCUCCUGGAUCCAAAAUCAACGAAGUCCGAUACAUUAAUGAAGAUGAUCAGGCUCUACUGAUGACAGGAUCCUCAGAUGGUGUUUUGAAAGUGUUCCGAAACUACGAGUCAACCAAGGAUGUCGAGAUUGUCACAGCGUUCAGGGCUCUCCCCGAAUUGAUUCCUAGCAACCGAAAUGCAGGUCUUGUUCUUGACUGGCAGCAAGGUCAGGGUAAGGCUUUGGUUGCUGGAGAUGUGAAAGUCAUCCGAGUGUGGAACGCAGCUACGGAAGUCUGCACCAAUGAUAUCCCUGCACGUUCGGGCUCUUGCAUUACUUCUUUGACUUCUGAUCAAGUUGCUGGAAAUAUCUUUGUGGCUGGAUUUGGUGACGGCGCGGUCCGAGUAUUUGACCAACGUCUCAAGCCCACCGCGUCUAUGGUCAAAGUGUGGCGUGAGCAUAAGCAAUGGAUUACCAAUGUUCACAUGCAACGAGGUGGCCUAAGGGAGUUGAUAUCCGGCAGUCGAAACGGUGAGAUCAGACUUUGGGACCUGCGAAUGAACGACCCGAUUUCAACGAUUUACGCGACGAAGGAUACACUCCGUACAUUGAGUGUCCACGAACACGCCCCUGUGUUCAUGGUCGGCACAAACCGCCAUGAAGUCAAGACUUACAACGUCGACGGAACCCACCUGUCAGUUUUCGAACCAUACUCAAGCUUCCUCCAUCACAACCGCUCCUCUCCAAUAUCCAGCACUGCCUUCCACCCACACCGCACCCUCUUCGCCUGCGCCGCUCUCAAUGAUAACCACAUCAACCUCGUGAGCUGCUAA